UCUCUCUCUGUUAGCCUGGCAUAUUGAUUGAACUGAACUUUCUAAUCCACAAGGCAGCUCCAAGCACUCCCUCCACUGAGUUUGCAGCCUCCGACACAGAAAGCACCUUCCAGCCCAGCACUGAAAGCUGAUUACGUUUUACUUCUCUCCCCAUGUUCGUUAUGCUGCUGGGCCAGCCUCGCUGACUGCUUUGUGUGUCAACAACAGAGUUUUUACUUCGUUAUUUCAUCCCCGUUGACCUAUUCUCCCUUUAUUUGAGGAUGAGCUGUUGUACAGGGCGGUGUACUCUCAUCUUCCUAUGUGUCGUUCAGCUGCGAACAGAAAGGGUGACGCAAGGAUCCUUUUCAGCGAGAGAGAAAAAAAACAUUGGCAAGGCGGUAUCCUUUGCUUUUAAUGAACAACCUCAUAGUAUUUCAAAUUCGUGCAAAUCCCUGAAUCGACGCGACAGCGUGUUCUGCACAGGCUUGCUGCUUUGGAGAGACAGAUCUUUGAUUUCUUGGGUUAUCAGUGGGCCCCCAUUCUAGCAAACUUCUUGCACAUCAUUGUUGUCAUACUUGGCCUUUUUGGUACAAUUCAGUACAGACCUCGGUACAUUAUGGUGUAUGCAGUCUGGACAGCACUGUGGGUUACCUGGAAUGUAUUCAUCAUCUGUUUUUAUUUGGAAGUAGGAGGCCUUUCAAAGGAGAGCGACCUCCUGACAUUCAAUAUUUCUGUGCACCAUUCCUGGUGGAGUGAACACGGUCCAGGCUGUGUUAGAAGAGAGAUGCCAGCUGCCUAUGUGAAAAGUUUGGAUGGCCAUUCCUAUAUCUCUGUGAUGGGUUGCAUUAUUGAUUACCAAUAUAUCGAGGUUAUUCACAGCUCUUCUCAAAUAUUGUUGGCACUCAUUGGAUUUGUCUAUGGAUGUUAUGUUAUCAGCGUCUUUACAGAGGAAGAAGACAGCUUUGAUUUUAUAGGUGGAUUUGAUUCAUUCUCCGUCUACCAUGUGCCUCAGAAACCCUCUCAUGUACUAUUAAAGCCAGUUUAUCUGUCUACAUAAAUGAACAAACUUCACUACAGUACCUCUUUGAAGAAACCAUUGCAACAAGACAACAAAAAUUUUAAAAAAGCUCACACGUUUCCAAGAAUCACUUUGUGAAAGAAUUAAUGUUUUGCGUGUUGCAACAAUUUAUAGUCAUUUCUAACAUAACUGCAUUUUCUUUUGGAUUACCAUAAUCCACUCUUUUGCAUGCAGGUACAAAGAAGAGUUGCUUGUUCGACAUCAGAGAUAUGGCCAUUAUACCAAUGAAUUUGUUGGAGCUAAACCUACAUUCGGUUUGCAUGGCCAUAGAUGCGCAGAACAAAAUAUGCCCAUUUUAAUAAUGUCAUUUCAUAAUUUGAAAAUACGGAAAGUAGACUUUGGGUUUUGAAGUGUGAUGCUAUAACUUUCUAUCCGUUAAGUGGUUUUUUACAGAGGAGCUGUUAGCUUUCUGGAUCAGAGAAGAAGUAUAGCGUUCAACUCUAUUAAUGUGCCAAGUUGCCAAGCAAAAUAAGACAUCUUUUCUGACAGAAAAUUUGUUUAGCUAUAAUAGUUUUCCAAUUAUCAAUGUAUGUUUAUCAUUUGUGUGGUAAUCAGCCCACUGUUCAUUGUUUUUUAUUGUGAAGUGUUUUGAUCUUCAAUACUACAAAUUCUUUAUUUUCUGCAAGGUUUGCAAGUAUUGUUUCAUAAACAGGAGAUGCUCCUGCAUUACAUUAGCAUUUCAUUCAAACCUUUGCUCACAUUCCUUUGCAGGGUUUUUGUUUGGACACUUCAUUGAGUAUGAUCAGUUCACCUUAGGCUACUGUACCUUUAAUUUACAUUGCUUGUUAUGAAAUGUGGAACCUGCACUAAACUAAUGUUCAUGUCAAUAUAAAGAUCGGAUGAAAUCUGUAUCUUAAAGAUAGUUCUGGAUCUAAUGGCAAGGAGGUGUGGAUAUAUGUAAGAAUUUUCACCAGCACAAAUAGGAUUAGGGCAGCAGCUGAUUUUUUAAAAAAAUACCUAUUGGAUAUUAGCAAUUUUCCCACUCCACAGUAAAUGGUUAACUGUGUAAAGUUUUUUUUGAUUAAUGUACUGGUCUGUGGUUAAUUCAUAAUCUUGAUUCUAUGGUCCCAUCUGAUAGUACUUUCACAACAUUGUUAGUAGGAACUGUGCAAUAUGCUGAAGCUAUUUUGUUUAAACAUUGGAAAAUGCUGAAAGAUGUCUGAGUAAUGGAAAACACAACACAGUCUAAGGAAUAUCGUACAAAGAAUGCCACACCAUCCUGUAUGUUACAAUAACUCGCAAAGGAGUAUACCUAGGCUUCUGGUGGGUCAUUUCAUGUCUCGUCAGGUGAAUAAAAUUAGUAAUAUCAUGAACGUAUACAUUUUUCCAGGAAUAUGUACUAAACAGUUCAAAAAAUAAAAUUUUGUGUUUUCAAAUUUUGAAUGUCAUUCAUAAGAGUAGGGAGUACUGGCAGAUAUAUGGGACAUUACGCAAAAAUUAUAAUUUUGUGCAGAGCAUCAUAACUCACAUUAGGCAUUAGUUUGUAGCAGCAUGCUUAGUUUUAGACAGUGAAGGAAGUGAGAGUAUAUACCUGCCCUGAGUGUUUUGUUUUUGUGAAGAAACUUUUGAUUAUUGUCUGUAGCCAGUUGUCCACUGUCCAACAAUGUCUAUACUCUGAAAAAAAGAUGCCAUUGCCUACUGUUGGCAGUGUAAUUAUCAUCUCAUUUGCAAUUUCUCAAGAGUAAAAAGAAAGUUGUGGGUGGAGGGGGGGAUUUAGGUGAAAGAACAAAUUUUAAAGUACAGGCAAAGUAUCCAAAUUUCAUCCUUCCUACAUUUAGCUAUUGUUUGGAGCAACACUGCCCUCUUCUGUACAAGAAUUUACACUGAAAGCUUCAAUAUCCUGCCGUUUAUGCUUGAAUGAAAACUUUGCAUAGAAUGCUUGUUCCACACAUACUGUGCAGGCUUGUCAAUGGCUAUGACACUAACAAAUGGCUGUCUGACAGAAAAUCAUUACUGCUCGCGUUAUUAAUAGAGGCAGGUCAAUAGAAGUGGCAUCAGCUAUAUGUCUACAGAAUGUGCCAUCAAGGCCAGAUCAAAAGACCCAAAGCAUAAAUAACAAAUUCGUAAUCAGUCAGCUGUAGUAGUACACAGUACAGACCUUGAAUAAAUAUUGAAAAAAACAACUGAAGCUCCUAGGCUGGCAUUAAGAGAAAGCUUCAACAAAGCACAUUUCAUGAAGGUCAGUUGGUCUAAUUUGUUUAAUAUUUUACUAGUUCCAUUAUUAUUGACACAUUAAUAGUUUGAUUAUUCUUCCAAAAAUAAUUAUGAUUUAGACAAAAAGAAAGUUUUGAUCAAAGGAUGUGAGAAUUAAACAUACUAAUGCCCUAUGAGGAAGUAAUCUGGUAUAGUGUGGAAUUUAGUAUAAUGCAGGUCAACGUCAGAAACCCUGCCCAUUUGAAAAAAUAUUUUAAAAAUAUUAAAAUAUUUAAUUGUGUGAUUGAUUUUAUAUAGCACCUACAGUACCCAUGAAUUUGGAGUAUGAGGGCCAAAAACUGGGAAGAUUUACAUACAAUGUUGGACCUGGCAUUUGUAGACCUGGGCACUAGAUACCCAGCUACAAAAUAACACAAUCUCACUUCUUACACAAUCUUGAGGUAAGGAUCCCAUUGGUUGUAUGAUAACGGGGGUGCCAGUAGGGUGUAGCUAGGUGAAGCACACCAAAAUUUUGUUUUGAUUGCUUGGCUGUCUAACACACAAAAAUUUCAAACUACUGAGAAAUUUUGUUAGAGUUUCAGUUUGUCUGUUAAGGAAGGCAGUCUCUACACAAAAGGGCAGAUGCCAAUUCUUAGAGAGGCUAAUAUUAGCUUUUUGAGAACUAAGACAUAAGGAAGGAAAUAAUUGCUCUUUUUGCACGGCUGUUUUGAUUCUAUGGAGGCAGAUAGUGCCACAUGAUCCCCGACAUGGAUACUUUUUCAAGAAGAGAAGGUGAUGUAGUGAUAUUAGUAAUCCAGAACUCUAAGUAAAUACUCUGAGGGCAUGGCUUCAGUAUUCCAUCUAAUUUUCCACCAGCUGCAUGGGGCUCCGAGGUGGAACAGCAGUCUGUGCCACAAUCAGUGUACCAAUACUAAUUGCCGUGACCGGAACAUGAGCGCAGCUUAGAUAGAAUGUUGCUUGGGUUCAAAUCCAGUCACAGCAGAAGGUGGAACUUGAACUAAAAAAAAAAUUAACUCUGAAAUUAAAAGUCUCAUUAUCAUCAACCUCCUCGAAAAAAAACCUACGUAGAUCAUUAACACACUUUAGGAAUAAAAAUCUCAUAGCCCACAUAUGACUCCAGACCCACAGAGAUGGAUUUGAUUCUUAACUGGCCUCUGCGUUACCCUAGCGAGCCACUCAAUUGUAUUUAACUGCUAAAAAGUAAAAAGAAAAUAAAAUUGGAUGGAAGAACUAGCAUCCAUUUAGGGACUAGAAACAACACUAGCAAACUCAGCCCUGGUAACCCUGCAAAGUUCUCUUUACUAUCAUCUGAGGGCUAGUGCCAAAAUUGAGAGAGUUGCCUCACAAUUGAAUUAAGCAACAGCCUGACAUUGUCAUACUCAAUGAAUCAUUCCUUAUAGACAACGUUCAACACAACACAAUCAUGCUUCUUGCAUAUGUCCUGUGUCAAUAGCAAAACAGGUAAAACUAAGUUGGUAAUACAGUGGUGUGCAGGUUGGGGGGUUGCUGGAAGUCCUUAACAUUAUCUCUGGAUCCAUGAAAUCUCACAAUAUCAGAUCAAAUAUGAUUACUAGCUAUCCUGCCCCCUCCCAUUUUGAACUUCCCUUGGUGGAGGCACUGAGGAUGGCAAUGGCUCAGAAUAUACUCUGAGAGGGGACUUAAACAUCCAUUUUCAACACUGGCUCAGCAGUACUACAAUUGAUCUGGCCCAGUCAGACUCAGCUGCCAAACUGGGUCUGUGGCAGGCUGUGAAGGAAGCAACAGGAGUGGAUAAUAUGCUUGACCUUACCUUUACCAAUCUACCUGCAGCAGACAUAUCUUUAUAUGACAGUAUCAGUACGAGUGAUUGCUGUGCAAUUCUUGUGAGGGCAAAGUCCUGCCUUCACACGGAGGAUGAUCUUCAUUGUGUUGUGUUGACAUUGCCACAAUCCUUAAUGAGAUAAGUUUCAAACUGAUUAGCAUCUCAAGACCGAGCAUCCAUGAGGACCUCUGGGGCAUCAGCCAAAUCAGAAUUGCAUUCAAACACUAUAUGCAACCUUAUGAUUCCUGAGGCCACCAAAGCAAGGAUUUCUGACUGGACGCACCAUGCUGCCACUACUGAAGCCUAUAUUGCAGCCACUGCAUUACUGCCAUGGCAAGGAGGGAUCGACUGGACCCUCCAAAUCGCCAGCACUGAAGCAGUUGCUCAAGUCAUUGUCAGUUCAGUUGCCACCUGAAGCCACCACGUUGCCACAACAGUCACAAGGAAUGAAUUAGAACCACCAUGUUGUCACCGCUAUAGCCAUUGCUGAGACCGCCACACUGUCACCUGGAGGAACAGAUUAGACUCACCAACAAUGAAGCCUUCGAUAAAACCACAGUCACUGGGUCACAAGAAGUGGACGUCUGGGUCCACCAUGCUGCCAUCACAGCAGCAGGCCCUUGCAACUGCCUUCCUUCACUACAGCCACAGAAAAGAAGGUGAACUUUAAUACAAAAGAGAAAUGAAAAAACAAACAAAAAAAAGGACAAAGAAGAAUGUGGCUGGCCAGUUUAGCAGGGGCUUAUGGGCACACAGCCCAAACACUUCCUACUCUGUAACCACUGCCAACUUGAAAUUAAUGUAGAAGAGAGUGUUGUGGUAGUUAGAGGUCAGUUAUCUCAGUCUCAAGAUAUUUCAGCAAUAUUCCACAAGGGAGUCUUCUAGGCCCAACAGUCUUAAGCUGCUCAUCAAUGUCCUUCCAUCCAUCAUAAGGUCAGAAGUGGUGAUGUUCACUGACGACUGAGCAAUGUUCAGUAUCAUUCAAAACUCCUCAGAUACUGAAGCAGUCCAAAUCCAGAUACAACAAGACCUGGACAAUGCCCAGGUUUGGCAAACAAAUGUCAAGUAACGUUCACACCAUGCAAGCAGUGGAUAAUGACCAUUUCCAGUAAGAGACAACCUAACCAUUGUCCAUUGAUAUUCAAUGACACUGCCCUUGCCGAAACCUCUACUAUCAACAUCCAAUGGGGGGGAGUGAUCACAUUGACCAUAAACUAAACUGGAUCAGACAUAUAAGUACUGUUGCUACAAGGGCAAAUCAGAAAAGCUACGAAUCCUGCAAUGAGUAGCUCACCUGCUGAUUCCUGAAUUCCUUUCCACCAUCUUUAAAACAGAAGUCAAGAAUGUGAUGGAAUACUCUCCUCUUGCCUGGAUGAGUAUGCUCCAACAACAAUCAAAAACCUUGACACCAUCCAGGAAAAAGUAGUUGCUUGCAAUAGCAGCACAUCCACUUCCUCCACUAGCAACACUCUGUCGCAGCAGUAUGUACCAUCUACAAGAUGUACUGCUGAGAUUCACCAAUGUAUUUUAGACAACAUCUUCCCAGACGACACCCAUGAUCAUCUAGAAGAACAAGGGCUGCAGAUAUAAAGGAGCGCCAUGAUCUGCAAAUUCUCCUCCAAACCACUCACCAUCCAGAUGAGGAAAAUAUUGACAUUCCUUCAGCGUUGCCAGGUCAAAAUCCAGGAAACAGCCUCAUGUGGAUACCUAUACCAAAUGGACUGAAACGGUUCAGGAAGGCAGCACACUAGCACCUUUCCAAGGGCAACUAGGAUAGGCAAUAAGUGCUGCUCUGACCCUCAACAUGCCCAUGAAUGAAUAAUUUUUAAGAAUCAUUUGAUGAAUAUAUCUGUUCCAUAUCUCCCACGCCCCAUUCUCUCCAAGAAACCAAAUGAUGCACGUGGUUUUAACCAGCUAAAAGUGCCCAACUUAGCAACCUUUUUAUUCCCUACUGUUGACCAGCAGACCAAUUGAUCCAUUCUGGCUUUGGUCUGCAAGGUUAUCAAAAGCCAAGCAGGAAGACAUUUUGCACAGAUAUCAGAUCUAAACCUCCUGACUCCAUUAACACAUUAUGAUGGUUUGUCAAUGAUCAACAAUUUGCCUGUGCACGUAUUGGAUUAACAAGUCUUUUUCUGAUUUGAACUUAGUUGGUAAGCAUGUCAUUCUUGAUUUCUAGCCAAAAUAGAUAUCAUUUAUAAAACAAAAUAUCAGUAAAGUUGUUUCAGGAUUAUGUCAAUGGUCAGAACCAAACAAACGGUAUUUUACAUGUGUGGAUGUAGUAAAAGGAAGUGUAAAGGUGGGUUGCUUAUUUUGUCACCUCCCAGUAAACUAUGAGUAAUUUAACACACUAUGAAGUAUAUUCAAUUUAAAAGCAGGAGAUUAACAAAAUAGUUCAGAUAAAGAAGGUACUGAUGUGAGUAAGACAUAAUGACAAUUUUUUUUAUUAAUUCAUGGGUUGCGGGUGUCGUUUCUUAGACCAGCAUUUAUUGCCCAUCCCUAAUUGCCCAGGGGGAAGUUAAGAGUUAACCACAUUGCUGUGGGUCUGGAGUCACAUGUAGGCCAGACGAGGUAGGAAUGGCAGUUUCCUUCCCCUAAGGGCAUUAGUGAACCAGAUGGGAUUAGGAUAAUUCAAAUCUUAGUAAGGGUCAUAAAGUUUACACUCAACUCUGUAUCUUUAACUAUAAAAAUAUUAAAUUUAACAGGACAAUAAGAACACAAACUGAGAAAAGCUACAUUGAACUGACUUGGAAAAAGUUUUUUUCUUGGCAGUGUCGCGGUAACAGCAUAAUAUUGUGUAAUAAUAAACAAGUUUCAAUAAAUCCAUAUGUAGCACAAUUCUUCCAAUGAUAAACAGGCUGGAAAUGACUGUUGAAAAUAUUUGUGUACAAAUGCUUAAAAUGUUCUGACAACAUAUUUUUGUCCUCCUGUUUAUUGUAGGUGGCAAUCAGUUUAAAAGCUAAAUGUUCUGUUUGAAUAGCUGAUAGUGGAAUGUUGGAAACUAACAUAUAUGUUACCCAUUGAAACAGAAAGGUGUACACUAUUUAAAGAUGUUGAAUAACUUUUCCAAAACUUUAGUGCUUUAUGCAGUGUGCACUUUGUAGUUUUGAAAGAUGCAAAGGAUUUUUGUUUAUUCAUGCCACUCGCUCCUGGCCUUCACCUCUAGUAUUGGUUCCACGAUGAGCAGGAGGAAAGAACGAGGUCAGUAAUAUCAGCACAUGGUUAACAGUUAUGGCUAAUAUUGAUCUCUGCUGCAAAAAUGUAGACAGUAUUAAAGCGAAUAGCAUCAAUAACACUAAUUGGAAAGAAAACAACAUUCAUCAUCAGAAAACAAGCACAGUAAUGAGCUAGAGUCAUUAUUAAAUUUUGAGAAAUAAACGAUGAAUGAAAAACAAAACACAAUAAUAGUGUAUUGGUAAUUAUAUUCUGGUUUCAGUCAUCUUCUUACAAUAUAGGAAUUAACCCGGAAGUGCUGCAGGGCAGGAAACCUACUGAUAACCAUUUCAUCUGCAGAUGCAGUUAUAUUGGUCUGGUAUCAUGAUUGGAAAAGCAUUAUUUUGAUUAGUUAAUAAUCCUGGCUCAUAAUUGUGAACAUGUAAAGUCAUUAAACCAUUUACAGAGUGGAGAAUGUAAAAUCAUACAAUGUAAUCAUUGUGUUGUAAUUGACUCAUGAUUCCAUCAUGUGAUAUUAUAAUACAUAGUACUAGGUUCAUAUGAAGUAUGCAUUGCAGCAUUGCAGAUCACAACAUGCUGUUUAUUCAUUUUUUUUAUGGCACUGUUAGUAGGCAGUCUGUAUUGCUUCUUAUUUCUUUUUAUGUUUUGAUGUGUUGAAAAAUAAUACAAACUCUUUGUAGAAACAAAGCCUUUAACAAAAACUUAUGAUUGUUAACAGAAUUCUAGAUACAAAGAUGUGGGGAUGAUGGGAUGGUCUUCCCAAGCAAUUUACAAUCCAUCUGGAAAAAUAAAAUGAACUGUGAAAUUUCUGUUUUGUGAAUAUUUACAACUUUUUAAUGUCUACUUGCCAUU